GAACAUAUCAUGCGCUUAAGGGACAUAGUGGCUCAGUUGAAAACCUUGGAAGUUACCAUGUCUGAAUCCUUCCUGGUACAUUUCAUUUUGUGCACCCUACCUCAACAGUAUACACCCUUCAAAAUCUCCUACAACACACAUAAGGAUAAAUGGUCUAUUAAUGAAUUGAUGACCAUGUGUGUUCAAGAAGAGGAGAGAUUGAUAAUGGAAGAGGGUGAGAAGGUAAAUUUGACUACUUCUAAUUCUGGAAAGGAUAGGAAGAAGUCUGUAGGCACCAAUAAAGGAAAGAUUCCGACUCAACCAACAAUUAAAAAAGAGUCAAAGUGUUUCUUCUGUAAAAAGAAAGGACACAUGAAGAAGGACUGCCCCAAAUUUAAAAGUUGGUUUGAGAAGAAAGGGUAUGGAAAGCCUAAGGAAGCCAGUGGGAAGUGAGCAGUGCAUCUACUCAGGGAGUAGGAUGAGCUCACAUGUAGAGGCCAUUGGAACGUGCGUCUUAGUCUUAAGUAGUGGCUUUAAAUUACAUUUGGAGAAAGUUUUUUAUGUUCCUAGUUUCUGUAAAAACUUAAUUUCUGUUUCUAAACUUGCACCUUUGGGAUUUUAUUUUAAUUUUACAGACUUUGGUUUUAAUUUACUAAAUAAAUCUGAAAUUAUUGGUUGUGGUCAA